AAAACAAGCCGAAAAAUCACAGAAUAACGCCGAAAAUAAUGUCACUUUUACUUAUUUGAGAAUUUAACCAGAUCUUCAAAAAAAUGCAAAACACAAAAACAAAAAAAUCCAAAAAUUUCAUUCCUUAAAACAAUUAAACGUAUUUUUGGAGACAGAAAGGAAACAAUAAAAAUUAGUAUUUUUCAUUGAAAAGAAGUCAAUAUUGACAGUUCCUAGGGCCCCCUAUUACUACGCCACUGCCCCCCAACGCCAACUAAUCUAUAAAUAAAACAUGAAUGUGUCACUAAUUUGCAAUUAGCUCAAUUAAUAUGUUUGGAAUUAUAGUGUCUGCGUAAAAGAAAGCUCAUUAUUCUGUUUACACCGUUAGUGGUACUACUUGCAAAAUUCAUUGUCCUUGGAACCAUUCUCGUUCAAUAAAUUAAUUUGUUAUGUUCAGGUUCUUGGCUUCUUAUUAUUCUCAAGGACUGUGAUAAUUAACCAAUGAAUCACCCAUUAUAAUAAUAAAUUAUUGCAUAAGGGACUCCACCCUGCCCCGAUCUAAGUCCAAUCGACGAUGUUCCUGUGGUACUUCUUGGCCCUCCUCCCCCUGGCCGAACCCAAAGGUUCCGGCUACAGCAUUUUCCUGGAGCACACCCCAAAUUGGCAAGGGAGACCCUACGGGUACGGCCCGGCACCACCCCAGCCCAACUUUGACCCUUUCAACAAUAAUUUUUUACCACAACCACAACCAAGCCCAGAUCCGGCCACUCUAGGCUGUGGUACUCCACCAGCGUCGUGUCCGAAAUCACGGUACCGCUCAUAUGAUGGUUCCUGUAAUAAUCUAGUGAACCCAGUGUUGGGUACCCCACAAACGCGCUAUGCGAGACUUCUACCGGCGAAUUACGGCGAUGGGGUGAGUAACCCGACUGUGUCAGUGACGGGGAAACAGCUUCCUGGGUCGCGGAUUGUGAGUCUCUUACUCUACCCAGAUGUGCAAAUUGAGGACCCUAAAUUUACCAUCAAUGCCAUGCAAUAUGGGCAAAUUAUCACCCAUGAUAUGAGCAUGAUUGCGGGUAGUACCCAAGCACAGCCCCACCAAACCAAAUGUUGUACCGCCGAUGGGCAACUACUCGAGUUUGCCAACAUUCCGGAACAUUGUUUCCCCAUUGUGUUGCCCAAUGACGACCCAGCGCACUCCCAGACGAAUGCAAAAUGCAUGAAUUUCGUUCGAACGAUCACUGAUCGUGAUCGUAACUGUGUUGGAGGCUCCCAACCGGCUGAACAAUUAACUGCAGUUAACCAUUACUUGGACUUAUCGAUAGUUUACGGAAACAGUGGGCAAAUCAACCAACAAGUCCGCCAAUUCCAAGGGGGGAGACUCCGGGUCGAGGUUCGACAUGGUAAGGAAUGGCUACCACGGAGUACCAACGCGAGUGGGGUUUGCUCCAUUCAGAGUCCACAAGAAGUGUGCUACUUGGCGGGUGACGCUCGAGUCAACCAAAACCCACAAUUGACCAUUCUUCAAAUCAUCCUCAUGAGGGAACACAAUCGAAUUGCUGACGCUUUAGCCAAAUUGAACCCACAUUGGGAUGAUGAAACCAUUUUUCAGGAGGCGAGAAGGAUUGCAAUUGCUGAACAUCAGUUUAUUUCGUACUAUGAAUGGUUACCGAUUUUCAUCGGGCUUGAGAAUUCGCUCAAAAAUAAGAUUAUUUAUUUGACGAAAAAUUUUAUUAAUGAUUAUCGACAAGAAGUCGAUCCGACGGUACUCAACGAACAUGCGACUGCUGCUUUCAGAUAUUUUCAUUCGCUCAUCGCCGGGCAUUUGGACCUGGUGGACGAGCACCGCAGCAGUUACGGCAACCUGCGCCUCAGUGACUGGUUCAACCGUCCCGCCAUCGUCGAAGAGGGCGACAAUUUCGACGAAUUGACCCGUGGUUUGGCCACUCAGCCGGAACUUGCCUCCGAUCCUUACCAUGACAGUGAGAUAACUCAGUUUUUGUUCCGCGACGGCCAACAAUUCGGUCAGGAUUUGAAGGCCAUUGACAUACAACGAAAUCGCGACCAUGGACUCGCUUCCUACAACGAAUAUCGAGCCUUCUGUGGACUUCCAAAAGCCCACACUUUCGAAGACUUCCUCGACGUGAUGACACAAGAAAAUGUGAAAAAGUUUACAAAAAAAAGAAUAAAAACUGCGUUACUUUCUUUUCUUUGUUAA